AGAAUUCUGCCUAAAUAAAUCCCAUCCAUCCUACGGUCUUCACGAGAUCCUGCCCUGCCAUCGGUAAGUCCGUAUUAUGUCCUUAUCGAUUUCUGUUAGAAAUGCUUGAUGGCCAUAUCCUUAUUCAAUUAUAAUAAGCAGCACAUAGACGCCUACUCCAGCACUCUCACACACAGACUUUUAUCACACACACACACAGCCAUAGCCUGUAGCUUACACUUCCUACAGCUUGUAGUGGUGAUAUGAAACGCCUGAGAGCAAUAAUUCGUUCUCUUCCACAUGUCUUUUGUAGUGUAAUCUGUCACUAUAAAAACGUUGGGGGGAAUCGCACCUCUCGGAGCCGUGCCUUGCUCCUUUAAAAAAUCUCUGAAAACCAUCAGCCUAGGCGUAGGCUAUAGACUACACUUAACUUGCUGUAAACCUAGCAACAUUGUACUGUAAAAAAGCCCAACAAUGUUUGGUGGGUUGCGUUCGUCCUUUUUGUAUUAAUAUCAAUCUGCCUUCUGUUCCCACUAUCUACAUGACAUCCAGCCCGGUAGUUAGGGCCCAAAUUAAGGAAAAUCACGAAUCAGCAUCUCGGCAAAACACAAAGGAGAAUAUAAUUAUACCAAGUCAAAAGAAAGGCAAUGUUUGCAAAAAAAUAUCCUCACACGUGAAUUUUUGUCCCACUCACCCUCCCACGCCGUCCGAAUGUUCUAGCCUAUAUACAUUUUUUGUGUGGCUGAAUCUGUCCUUCCAUUCAUCCAUCCUGCGGCCUCAGACGACCAAAGAAGCAAUGCUCAAGACGUGUUUACUGCCUAGAGAUGCAAGAGGACAUAUAUAUUUUUGCCUUGGCCGCAAACGACACCAUUCACAUGCAGAGGGAUUUCCCAUGCUCUCGGUUUCUUUCUUCGCCUGUUUCUCUAGUCUCCCUCCUCUGUUUUCCCUUUUGGAGGUGUAACUUCUUUCAAUUUUUCUCACCCAGAGCCCGAUGGGGGUCUUUCCCUUGGCUUUGAUCUGCGGCCUCCCCAGUUCAUAAACGCAUCGUUUAAUUAUUUUCAUACCAUUCAGGAAACAGACCUAUUCCAUCCUAGGAAUUUUGAGAUUAGUCGAAUAUUGCAAUGAAAAUAACCAAAACUCCCAGCACCAUUCGUAAACGAAAGGCUUGAUAGGCUACAUAAAAUGCAAACGUGUUGGUUAAUGAUUAAGGACUCCCUUUAUCCCUCUCAUAGUAAUGGUAAUGUGCCGUUGUCAUCUGCUGUGCUGCGAAAAGCUGUGUACUUAUGUUAUUCGAUUCUGUGUGGAAUAAAUAACAACAAAUGCCAUAAAACACUUAGGGGCUGGGUGUUCGUGGUUUUUGUAAUGCUAUUUCCCCCCAACCAUACUACUUCAUCGCGUGGGGGAGGAGGGCCACACGAUUUGAAGUGGCUUUCUGUGUUCAAGGCGCAAAAACCAUUUGCAUAAAUGUUCUUGUCUGUGGUGACGCUAUGUUUCGGGGGAGUUCACUGGUCUGGUGAUGUCUGCAUGGUACUUGUGCACGCACUUGUAUACAUACUCCAGCAUAGCCUAGGUUUAAUAUUGGUAUGAGGCAUGGGCACUGCUCUAGCAUGUGAUAAAUUCAACAGUGAGGGCAGAUAGCGCUUAUCUGGGCGACCCGUGUGCUCGCGCCUGCUUUCGUAAUCUCGGUUUACCCAUCCACGGGAGUUCGUUCCUUCUACACACAGAGCCACUCGCCUCUUCCCUUUUUUGUUGUGGCCGAUGAGUUCUGUGUGAGCUAGGUGCAGGCUGGUGCUGCUGCUUCUACCCUAGCUAAACUUUUUCUCUGGACUACUGUUCUGAUCGAUUUAGUCGUUGAAUGAGAAACAUUGCGUUGCGCUCUGCAUUCGUCGUCAGAGGAUAAGGUAAGCAGGCCAGAAAUCUCUCUCGGUUGUAAAUGGCGGAGUUUGUGUCGCGCGGUGAUUUAUCACUGUAUGACUUACAUCUCGGUUCAGGAAGAGUUCACACACAAUACAAGCAGCCAGAUUUCUCUGUAGCGCGGAGCGGGGGGCUGAGCAUUCGAAGGCUCGAGUCUGUCUUCUCUCUGUCUUCUCUUUUUUUGUACCGGACUAUUUCUUUUGGAAAUUCAUCAAAAAGCGUUCUGAUAUGUUUCCCAGAUCAUGGCUUUAAAAGCAGAUGUGGUGAUGGGAUGUGAUAUUCAUUUUCAUUCUACGGUGUGUUGAGAGCAAGGGGUCUGGUUUUCAGACAGUUUUUGCUUGUCGUGGUGCAUUGUGCUGUAACGAGCAGCAGUUGACGAAUUAUCUAUCAAUUUUCUAUUAUUUUAUAAUAACUUAUAGGUCAUCGUAUAUUAAUAUAAUGCUCAUGUUUAUGAUUGACAUUAUUUAUUUAUUAAUAUCACUAUUAUUACUAUUGCCCACAGUUAGUUCUACAUUGUAGUAGCCUAAUAGAGUAGUAAUAUAUUUAUUUUGAAUAGAAAUAUAAUUAAUAGAAAUCAUCACAAACCUUCUCCACUUCCACCGUUUUAUCAUGAAUAAAUUCAGUAAUUUAUUUGAAUUAACUGCCCUUUGGACUGCCAUAACUAUGCUACACAAUAUGUUCAUAUUUUCAUUUAGGUUUACACAAUAGCCUACAUUAAACAGCCUAUUAACAUAUCCCAGUCGCCAUUAGCUAUGAAAUUAGCUUCAAAUCUGAAAUAGUUUGUUUGUUACUUGAUACUGCUGCAUCGAAUUACUCGUUUGAUUAUAAACAUCAUUUCCAUUGGGGUGCCGUUAUAGCGGCUGUGACAAUAGCUUUAGCCUAUAGCUCCUACUUUAUUAACACUACAAUGCUUCACAAAUUAAGCCUAAAAUCCCUCUAACGAAAACCCAACUAUUUUAUUUCACAAACGUAUGUAUUGUACCCAUUUGCCCACAUCGAAUAUCUAAAAUAAAUACCUAUCAAUUCAAUUGGAUAGUAUUGCAAUAACUUCGCGUUGGAUAUGACCCCAGUUUGCCUACCUCAGUGAGUAGACUGCUAGCAGUGGUUGAGCAUUCCUACUCAUGGAGCCACAAUAGCUAGGCUACUUCCUUGAGUAGCCAUGUAGUAGGCUAGUAACCCUAUAGUUGCAGGCUACAUCCCGGAUCUCUGUCUGCCUGAUCGAGCCAUAGCCUAGCUGUUCACCGGGACGCUUUCUUCAGCGCGCCAUCCCGUCCCGGCCUACUGACCCCCAUACAUCACCGGGACGGGCGUCCGCGCCGACAGGAGCCAUUAUUACAGGCCUGUGAGGUAAAGUUCACGUCGUGGUCAUGGAGAUGCGCGAAUGCCCGCCCGGUUUUUCAGGUUUCCUCAUAGCCCUGUCAUCCAUCUUGGUUCCCCCAAAAAAUGGGGAAUGUGGUUGUUUAUGCUUUUAGCCCAGACAGAGACUUUAGCCAGGUGGUUGGGCUGGGGUAGAAUAUAGCACACCGCGUUGAAGGCUGGCCCGCCUAUUCCAUCUAAAGAUUAGGCCUAUGGGAGAUUUGAGGUGUAUUUUAUCCAUCAAAUAAUAAUAACAAUAAUAAUAAUAAUACAUGUAAUAUAAUAAAGCCUAAUAAUAACCUGAUUAUAACAGCCUUCAGACCAAGUGCACAACAUAGGCCGAUCGUUUGUUGUUUUAUAACUAACCUGUGAAACUGUCUUUUCUCAUUUAAUUUUGGCACCAAUAUUAAUAUGGCACAAUUGAGUAUAUGCUUUUAUAAAAUUAUUUAUUUUGAUACAGUUGGUGUGCCAUAAGUGCAGAUGGUGAUAUGAGGUUUGUGCAUGCUUUUAUGCCCUGUAUUGUUAACCAGAAGGUAAACGAUAAUAGCCAGAGAACUGUUGUCCCUAUCCUGCCUCCAUAGUCGCUGGUGUCAGCUCUGUAUUGAAAAGUAAGAUGGAUCGCCACCAUUUCUUCUCCUCACCGUGCUUCUUGUAACCCUAGGUUCACCCGAGGAGGCCAUUGGCGGAGAGGCGUCACGUGACAAAGGGGUGCCAAUGUUAUUCUACAAGGGUGUCAAGACCCUGUCAGUUUCUGAAAUAAAUAUUGGGAAACGGCGAGAUGCAAAAGGCAACCUACUACGACAGCUCCGCAAUUUACAGUGGCUUCCCGUAUCAAAGCGCAAAUAGCUUCAGUUAUGACGCCAAUCAGGUCCAAUAUCCCCGGGCCUCUCAUGUGGAAAGUGAGUACCAUCGACCCGCCUGCUCCCUGCAGUCCCCAGACGGCUCGGUCGCACUGCAGAAGCCGGGGGAGAUAGCAGAGAGCUGCGAUAGGAGUAAGGACAACCAGGCGGCGCAGCCACCCGUCCUCACCGACAGCAAUCAACCACAGGUCUCGGUGUCUGUCCCGCCACCCCAUCCCCAGUCACAGUCCCCCAGUUCUCUCAACCAGAACACAAGCAACGGCUUCAGUCAAGCCAACUCAAAUGGCUCGGUACAUGGCUCGCCUACCUCCACCACCCGGAAGCACAUCUUCCCAUGGAUGAAAGAGUCCCGUCAGAACCAGAAGCCUAAAACCAAUAGCUCCAGCUCAGGUACUGCUGAUGAAACACGUGAUAAAAUAACCUCAUUAUUAUAAACAGAAGAACCAACCAAGGUUACACUAAAAGGUUUGAUUAUGCUGCAUACAUUUACAUUCUCAAACUUUUGCCUCACAAUUGAACGAAGUAUUGUUCUACCAUUGUGAUGUAUUCCUUAUUAUCUAUCAUAAUCUAGGCCUAUUACAAAUACACUCCUGUGAUGUCAUAUGGUUCUUCCAUCAUUAUGCAUUCCGUAGGCCUAUUAGCUAUACUCCAAUGCUAUCUCAAUUUGUUGAUAUAUAACGCAUCCUUUAUUAUAUAUUAUGAUGUAGGCCUGUUCUUUAGAAAUACUCAUUCCUCAUAGUUUUAGGCCUUGCUCCAUACAUCGUUUGUUGUCCGGAUGCUCUAGCAUUGACUUGAUGCUAGAAUAAACAUCACAUGUUGGCCCGGAUCACAUAACGUUUUGUGCAGGACAACAAACAAACACGCAAAAACAGUUGUUCCAAUUUGUUCCCUUGUUUUGAUUACAGGAAGAGCCAGGGGAUGGGGAGGAAGUUGUUUACCAACAUGUAACCCAAAGUUCAAAGACUCUUACAUUCCCAUGGCCUUACCAAAUCAUAUCGUCUCCAUAGGCUAUAGUAGGCCUAUUUAUGUCCACCGUUUGGGAAUAUGUUUGGUGAGAAGUGAAAUAAGUGGGGCAUCUAGAAGGUCUAGUGAAUCACAUUUAUCACGAGUCUGUCAGGAUAUCUGCCAAAUUAAUGGCAAAGGGACUAUUUCAAACCCUAGGCCUAGAUUCAAUCAGAUCAAGCUUUAACCGGUUAUAGAAGACACCCGCAUAGCGGAUGGAUGUUUUGGCGGUGUCAGAGGUGGAACUGCAUUGGAGCAGUCAAAUCGGUGAGCAGCUGCUCUUGCAAUCAUUGUCACUAAGCCACACCCGCCCCACUCCUGUUAGAAGUUCAGAACCAGAAAGUGUAGGCUAUAUAGAAAUAAUUAUGCUAAAUUGAAAAAUCAUGAAGCAAAAUAAUUAGGAUUUCUAUCAUCCUAAUCAGGUGUAGAUUACAUCUCACAUUCCUGUGGUGGAACUUGUAAACAAGGCUUCAUGGGAUUUCUCUUAAUGUGACUCCAGUGCAGCCAAUGGCAAUGUCUGCUUUAGGUAUAAUACCAGGAGCUGCUUGUGGAUUUGACAGCUCUAACACAGUUCCACCUCUGACACGUCAAAACAACCACUAUGCGGAUGUCGGCUAAAGCAGAUCUGAUUAAAUAGAGGUCUUAGUCUAAAUCUUGGUAUUUAAAAUGUGGUAUUAGUGCUUUUUAACGUAAUUUAUGCACACAGUUGGCUUUUUACACACAGGUAUGCCAAUAAUUCCAAUCACAGAACCCUCAACAGUAGCUCAUGUUUGAAACAGUAGAAUUACUACAUUUAUAUAUAUGGAUAAUUAUGAUUAUUUGGAUUAUAGAAUGACUAUAGCAUGUUUCCUACUUUUUGAAAGUAUUUUAUUAGGAUCCCCAUACUGCUAAAACAUCAGCUACUCUUCCUGGAGUCCAGGAAGCAGCACCAUAGUAGCCUAAUUUCUGAAACCAAGAUGGUGAAAAUAUGUCUCUCCCCAUUUAUAAAGCAAAAAGCUAAUUCAUAACCCACUGGUCAAAAACUGGUUGAAUCAAAGUUGUUUCCACAUCAUUUCAACCAACAAUUUCAAUGUAAUGACAUUGAAUCAAAGUGGAAAACUGGUUGGAUUUGCAAAAAGUUAUCAACAUAAGGGAAUUUCGUAUUUUUUUCACCCAACUUUGAACCUAAAUCCAAUGACAGGGUGACAUUUUUGGUUGAUUUCAUGUUUAAUUCAAGUUAGUUGACAACUCAAUCAAAUGUAGUCGACAACUCAAUCAAAACUAAACUUUCAACUGAUGUCUGUUCCCAGUAGGAACAUGAUGUCAUGCUACAUUCAUCUCACCCAGCCUCUGGCUGUACAGUAGCUAGACUAACCAUUUAUUAGGUAUUGGCAGCAUGCCACAAACGGUAACUAGACCAACACCUCGCUGUGCAGCGGCUGAGCCCCAGCCAUUCAGCAUGGUGAGACUCAUAGGAGAAGGCAUGGCGAGAAGGCAUAGGCUUUUAUGUAAAGCAUAGCUAACAGUUAAGCGCUGUUCUCAGUAUGUAUACAGUUAUAGUUAAGGAUAUGUCUGAUAUAAGUAAAUUAGUAACAUCCACAGUCUAUUGGGACAUCUCUGUUUUAUCUGCAUUUGUAGAACUCUUAAUGAUAUGUGUAUUUGGGUCGGGUCCAUAUGGAGAGACGUGUUAUCAGCUAUAUGUAUCUUGCCACUCUGUGGGUCUUGUUCUUGUGUUUGCUGCUGAGGUUGGUUACUGAUUGACUGCCUUCCUUUUCCCCUUCCGCCAGUUGAGAGUUGCCCUGGAGACAAGAGCCCCCCGGGUGGGUCAGCCGCGUCGAAGAGAGCCCGGACGGCUUAUACCAGCGCACAACUUGUGGAACUGGAGAAGGAGUUCCACUUCAACCGUUACCUCUGCAGACCCCGCAGGGUCGAGAUGGCUAACCUGCUCAACCUCACGGAGAGGCAGAUUAAGAUCUGGUUCCAGAACCGCAGGAUGAAGUACAAAAAGGAUCAGAAAGGGUGCGGCAUGAUGCACUCUCCCGGGGGACAGUCCCCUCGGAGCCCCCUCGGUCCAUCUCCCAGUAGCGGGGGUGGAGGAUACCUCAACUCUAUGCAUUCUCUGGUUAACAGUGUCCCCUAUGAGUCCCAGUCGCCAACGUCUUACAAUAAGCCCCCUCAUAAUGCAUACGGUAUGCCCACGUCAUAUCCCCCUCCCUUGAACAGCUCCCUAAACAACUGCCCACCCUCUCAGAAGAGGUAUCCCGGGACUAGCGGCUCGCCCACGCCCGAGUAUGACGCGCAUCCUCUCCAAGGCAAUGGCGGUUAUGUGGCGCACUUGCAGCAGGGCAGCCCUGUAUAUGUAAGCGGAGGCUACAUCGAUUCGAUGCCCAACAACGGGGCUUCCGUUUUCGGCCUGACCCAUCUCUCGCACCCACGGUCCACACACAUGGACUACAAUGGAGCAAUCACUAUGGGCAAUAGUCACCAUCACGGAGUGUGUGAUCCAAACCCGACGUACACAGACCUUACGCCGCACUACUCUCAGGGAAGAAUUCAGGAAGCGCCCAAACUUACGCAUCUGUAGCCGGGAUGCACCCCGGAUCAGUCCCCUCCAGACCUACCAUCGCUUUGUUUCUUCUCUUCUUCAGUAGCUUCUUCCACCUUUUCUUUGUUUUAGGUUCUGUUUUUUAUAUAGUUGAAUGUGUGAAGUAGGAUAGGAAAGUAAUCACUCUUGCUUAAAAUGUUCUGUCUAUUUGCUAUGGCGUUAUUGUUCCACACAGACCUAUUAUCUGAUAUGACAAGCGCGGGGGCACAUAUGCGUAGACCUAUUUAAUCUUUAACUUGUUUCUAAAAACAAAAAUCAAACAGGGUAUAUGAUCAAAUAUUAUGGUAUUCUUUUGAAUGUGAAUUUUUUUAAUUUAUCCGCAGUUGAAUAUAUGUUUUUGUGUUAUUGUUUUGCAUUUUGUUGCACUUGUGGAAGGAUCCUUAUAGGAAUCAUGUGCGGGGUUUUUUGAGACACACACGCAAAGGAAGGUCUGGAAGCUCCAGCCUACGACCUACCCAGCUUGUGUUCUGUUGGACUUUCAACAUUUUAUUUAUGUUUGUUCUGACGUAAUAUGGAGUUCAUUAGUAUUAUUUAACCACCCUGUGCUCUUUGUAUGUGGGGAGAUGGUUAUUGGAAACAGACCUCGGCUCUAGUUCUACCCCUUACCUGACGGCAGACACAGACUCUCAGCAGCACAUUAUAUGUUGGUGUUAUUUUUCUUCGAGGAGGUAUUUUAUUUCUUUACGAAUGUAAAUCACGCAAUCAUGCAAUAAGGUUGGAAGGAAGAACAGACAUUAUAAUUAGUUUUAAAAAAACAUUUUAUUUGAGAUAUUACCAAGUUUCUGUUUCAAUUUCAUACAUUCCAUGCUGCUCCAGUUCGAAUAAAUAAAUAAAUACAUGAAUUUCAAUAUAAAUGUAUAUUUCAACCUUAAUUUCGAGGGAAUUUGAACAUAGAACAUAAUGGCACAAAGUACAAUAAGGAAGGAAUACUAAUAAUAAUAAUAAUAAUAA